AUGACUGUUCCUCAAAGGCCUUGGUGGAAGGAUGGUGUCGUGUACCAGAUAUACCCUGCUUCCUUCAAAGACUCCAAUGGCGAUGGCAUUGGUGACCUCAAUGGCAUCAUCUCAGAGCUGGACUACAUCCGCUCUAUCGGUGUUGACGUCAUUUGGAUUUGUCCCAUGUACGAUUCACCUCAAGUCGACAUGGGGUAUGAUAUUCGUGACUAUGAGGAUGUGUACAGACCAUAUGGUACCGUCCAAGACAUGGAGAGACUGAUUGCUGAGACACAUUCACGAGGCAUGAAGAUCAUAUUAGAUCUGGUAGUCAACCACACUUCUGACCAGCACAAAUGGUUUCAAGAGUCACGGUCGUCAAAAGAUAACCCCAAGAGAGACUGGUACAUCUGGAGACCAGCUCGGUAUGUUGACGGCCAGCGCAAAGCCCCCAACAAUUGGGUCUCCAACUUCACAGGGAGUGUUUGGGAAUGGGAUGAACACACCCAAGAGUAUUACCUCCAUCUCUUCUGCCCCGAACAACCCGAUCUCAAUUGGGAAAAUCCAGAGACUCGACAAGCCAUCUACAAGUCCGCUAUGGAGUUUUGGCUACAGCGUGGUGUCGACGGCUUCCGUGUUGAUACUGUCAACAUGUACAGCAAGGGUGAGAUGCUAGACGCCCCAGUCACUGAUCCAGGUUCGGAAUGGCAGUUUGCUGGAUACCAGUACUGCAAUGGUCCAAGGAUGGCAGAGUUCUUGAAUGAGAUGAACCAGAUCUUGGAGAAGUACGAUGCCAUGACAGUUGGCGAAUGUCCGCACACACGCGAUAUGAAGAGGGUACUAGAAUACGUCAGCGCAAAAGAGAAGCAGCUAAACAUGGUCUUCCAAUUCGACGUCGUCGACGUCGGUCAAGGUCCCUACAAAUUCCAAACCACACCCAAAAACUGGACACUUCCAGACUUCAAGCGUGCGAUAGCCCGCACACAAGAUUUAAUUCGCUCCCCCUCAGAUGGCUGGACCACUGUCUUCCUCGAGAAUCACGACCAAAGUCGGUCUAUCUCGCGAUUCACUUCCGAUGCGCCCGAGCACCGCGUCGCAGGCGGCAAGAUGCUCGCAUUGAUGAUGGCAGCACUCAGCGGCACACUGUUCAUCUAUCAAGGCCAGGAAAUUGGUAUGACCAACUUCCCUCUGACCUGGGAUAUGAGCGAGUACAAAGAUGUCGAGUCGUCGAACUACUACAAAAUGGUAGCUGCGCGGACAAACAACGAUUCCAAGGCCCUCGAAGAUGCCCAUGUAUCGCUUCAGCACCUUGCUAGAGACCAUGCUCGUGUCCCAAUGAGCUGGUCGACUGCACCGCACAACGGCUUUUCGCCUCCGGACGCAACCGCAAAACCGUGGAUGCGGCCCCUCGAGGAUGCGGAUGUAUGCAACGCCACCCAGCAACAAAGCGACAAGAAUUCCGUCCUGGCUUUCUGGAAGCGUAUGCUACAAGUGCGCAAACAGCACAACGAUCUCCUUGUUCACGGUCAGUACGACGAUUUGGACUUGGAGAGCAAAGAUUUCUUCGUUUUCAGCAAGACAUGGAACGAGAAGAAGGCAGUAUGCAUUUGCAACUUCACGGACAAAAAGAAGGAUCUGGUAUUCCCAGAAAGCGUGAUGGGCAAGAAGAUGGACCUCCUUGUUAGCAGUGUUGAUGACUGCGAGGAGAAGAAGUUGGCUGCUUUUGAAGGGAGGAUCUAUUUACUUGCGUAG